GAAACGCCACAAGAAAAGCAAGAAGAUGACCGACCGCACUGGUGCAGCCCAGCGCGUGCUGGGAGGCGACCUGUACACGCGCAUCAAGCAGUGCAAGCUGCUUGUGGUAGGCGCAGGAGGUAUUGGCUGCGAACUGCUCAAGAACGUUGCUCUGGCAGGCUUCCAAGACAUCCACGUGAUUGACUUGGACACCAUCGAGCUGACAAACCUGAACCGCCAGUUCCUUUUUCAGCAGCAGCACGUGGGACAGUCCAAGGCAAAGGUUGCUCGGGAGAGCGUGCUGAGGUUCAACCCAUCCCUCAGCAUCACUGCUCACCAUGCCAACAUCUUUGAGGAUAAGUUCAGCCUGGGUUUCUUCGAGCAGUUUGACCUCGUCAUGAAUGCCCUCGAUAACCUGAAAGCGCGCAACCACGUGAACCGCAUGUGCUUGGCGGCAAACAAACCCCUCAUUGAGAGCGGAAGCGCGGGAUAUCUUGGCCAAGUUACCGUCAUCAGCAAGGGCAAGACGGAGUGCUACGAGUGCCAGCCAAAGCCGCCGCCAAAGCAGUACCCGGCGUGCACCAUCCGCAACACGCCCUCCACCAUCGUCCACUGCAUCGUCUGGGCAAAGUUCCUCUUCAGCCACCUGUACGGAGAGGCCGACCACGAGAACGACGUCGCCCCAAAUCCGGACGAUCCGGAACUCAGCGCCGAUGCCAAGGACAGCAACACGGCCAUGGACGAAAAGCAAGACGGUGAGGAGAAGCGCAUGAACACGCGCCAGUGGGCGGAGAGCAACGACUACGAUCCACAGAAGCUUCUGGAGAAGCUGUUUGUGCGGGACGUGAUUGUGCUGCUGAGCCUGGCGUCGCUGUGGAAGAAGCGCGCAAAGCCGCGUGUACUCGACCUCUCCCAGAUCAACACCGCACAGGACACACACGCCAAGCAGGAGGAUGUGUUGCCUGAUCAGAAGUUGUGGACAGUGCAGGACUGCGUUGAUCGCUUCCUUCACAGCGCGGGCGAGCUGAAGAAGCGCUUCCAGGCGUGCGCACCCGGGGACUACCUCACAUGGGACAAGGACGAUGACGUGGCGAUGGAUUUCGUGUGCGCCGCUGCCAAUCUCCGCGCAUACGUCUUUGGCAUUCCGCUCAAGUCUCGAUUUGACAUCAAAUCGAUGGCUGGGAACAUCAUCCCUGCGAUUGCGACGACCAACGCCGUGGUUGCGGGCCUCAUCCUCACCGAGGCCAUGAAGGUCCUCCGCGGUGACAUCGACAGCUGCAAGGCGGUGUAUCUGUCGCGGACUGCGAUGGGCGCUGGCCGGCGCGUCGUCAACCCGGUCCCCAUCAGCGCUCCAAACCCAAAGUGCUAUGUGUGCGGAGAGCGGGCGCAGGUGACGGUGCGGCUGGAUCCCUCGCGCGUGACUGUGGAGACGCUCGCCGAGCAGCUGCUGAAGAAAGACUUGUCGCUCGUUGCGCCCGUGGUGGUCCUGGCGUCCGGUGCCGAGAUGAUCGCCGCGCCAGAGGACGAGGAGGAGGAACACAUCCUCAAGACAAAGGUGUAUCCGCGGACGUUGGCGUCGUUUGGUAUCCGUGACGGCACGGCGUGCUCGGUGAUGGACGAUAUGCAGGCCAACUUCAAGUUGUCGCUCGUGUUCCGGCAGGCCGACGAGCACGACCCAGACACCCCAUACGAGAUUGUCGCAGACACAAGCACCGCUGCCAACAACGACGGCAAUGGUGUUGGUGAUGGUGAUGAGGGCGAUGAGGCGGAGCGUGGUGCCUCGAGUGCUGCAGCUGAGAAGAGAAAGCACUCGCCAAGCCCGCCACCGCCUACGACAACCACGACCACGACAACGCAAGACGUCGGUGACGGCACGACAACCACCACCAGCGACGCUCUCGCUGACAAGACUCCCGCCAAGAAGAGCAAGGCGUGAUGCCUGUACCCUGUGCAUGUCUGUGUGUCUGUGUCUGUGUGUGUGCGUCUGUGUGUGUCUGUGUGUGUGUGUGUGUGGUACAACAAUAAAGGUCCCAAAUCCAAA